AUGGCGGCGAGAGAUUUUAAAAAAUCGACGUUGCUGCAACUAUACGCACGCGCAACGGCGCCGAGCAGGGACUACUACGGUUUAACAAUUGGCGAAUCGUUUUUAUGUUUGAACGUUUGGAAAAUCACCCACGGGCCCCAUUCGUUUCCCAAGCGAAAAAUAUGCGAAAUCGACGAUUUUCUCGACGAUAAACAUCUGCAAGAAGAAAUAAAAAACAAUUUCGGUCGAAACGUGUUCGAUUAUAUAAAAAAUUUGAUCGACAACAAGAGAACAUUGGAAAAUCUCCCCGCUCGACCUUUUUUACUUAUUCUCCGCUAUCUGAAAAUCAACGACGUCUUAACAUUAUCCAGAACGAACAAAAUUUUUUACGAGCUAUGUAACAAAGAAGAAGUUUGGCAAUUGAUGUUCGGGAAAAUGUUGCGCAGAUCGCCUUCGGCGGAGGAAAAACGCAUGGCCUUCGAAUGCGGUUGGAGAGAGACCUUGAGGAGGCGAAUGUCUUACAUUAAACAAGCUCUAGUUGCGGCCAAAAACAGAGCGGCGGCUCCAGCACACGUGAAAUUGAAAAAACAGGCCUCGAAACCAACGAAUCCGCCUAAAAAAUCUCUAAUAAAAGCGAAAUGA